AUGGAUCUCGAUAAUCUUAUUCAAAAUCAAAAAACAACAUACGAGGCUCUCGAUACGGACGAGAAACUUCGGGAGCUUCUCAGAAAGCAGAUCUCGAAUUUUAAGGCAUUUGAGAGGACAAUAAGUAACAUAGAUUUAAGUAGCAUGUCCGAAAAGUGGGAGUUUGAAUACACCCUAAAAUCAUUACAGCAGCGCUGGUCAGCUAUUGACUCUCUUCACUGGGAGAUCGACAUGUACCAAGAAGGUGAAGAUGAGGUAUAUCAAAACGUAUUUUCUAAGAAUGAACGAAUAUACAACGAGCACAUCAAAUCAAUCAACAGCAAAUUAUGGUCCGUUGCACAUCGCGAAUAUUCUACGCCCAAAAUGGAUAUUCCCGUUUUUACGGGUAACUAUCAGCACUGGACCUCAUUCAAGGACCUUUUCCUAGAAACAAUCGACCGCAACCCGUCCUUAUCUAACGCACAAAAAAUGCAGUUUUUGAAAAGCAAGGUAAAAGGUGAAGCCGAAAAUUUGAUUCGUCACCUACAAAUCAGUUCCGAAAACUACACUAUAUGUUGGGAAAUUCUAAAUAACAGGUAUAAUAAUCAAAGAUUAAUAUUCACAUCACACAUGAAUAUCCUGUUCAGUCUCCCAACCAUGCAGCAGCAGUCAUUGAUCCAGAUCAAAAGGAUGCACGACACAGUAGUCGAGGUACUUAAUGCUAUAAAGAACCUAGGUGUCAACAUAAGCACAUGGGACCCCGUCAUAGUUCAUAUUUUAUCACAAAAACUCGACACAGAGACCCAUGCAGGUUACAUUGAAUCAGUCAAAAAUCCCCGUGAAUUACCUAUUUUACGAGAGUUUAUCGACUUCUUAGAAUUAAAAUUCAUUACCCUAGAAUCGUCUCGCAGAAAACAAGACUUUUCGACUCAAAAAACAAAUCAAGGGGCCCAACAAACUUAUUAUCAAAAUCAAAAUCGAAAACAGCAUUUUGAACAUCAAUCAACAAACAAAGUUUUCCCACCGCGUCCCAUCAUGAAAGCGCUUCAUGUAUCUACAGGUAUCAAAUGUCCAUUAUGUUCCCAGGAACAUGGAAUAUUCCAAUGCAAUAAUUUCUUGCAACUGCCAUGCGAAUUGAAACUAAAAACCGUACAAAAGUUGCAACUUUGCGCAAACUGUUUGUAUUCUCAUAAAAAUAAUAAAUGUUAUUCAAUAAAACGAUGUCGUACUUGUAAUGAAAAUCAUAACAGCCUGUUACAUGACGCCUUUAGCAAGCAAAAAUCAACCAUAUCAACCGCAAGUACUUCGAAGUCUCACGCUCAACAAAAUAGCAACGCGGCAACUAAGCCCCAUUCACCCGUGGGAAAGGCAACCGAAGUACUCUUAGCAACCGCAGAAGUCAAAAUCACGGCAAUCGAUGGUUCACAGCAAACAAUGAGGGUCUUGAUUGACCAAGGAUCCCAGAUAUCAUUAAUUUCAGAAAAGGCGGCUCAAUCAUUAGGUUUACAACGGCAAAAAUGCAACGGCUCUAUCUUUGGAGUCGGUCAAAAGCAAAACAAUUGCAAAGGCAUGCUCACUAUUAAGUGCACGUCUGUAAACGAUGAUUACUCAUUCGAAACCGAAGUUUUAAUUAUCAACAACUUAAUCAAAAGCUUGCCGACUAACAGCUUCGAUACACCGUUUCUACCAUAUUUAGAUAACAUAAAAUUAGCGGACCCUAAUUAUAAUAUAAGCAGACCAAUCGAUCUACUAUUCGGAGCGGAUGUCUACGCAUCUAUAAUCUUAAGCGGAAUAGUCAAGGGCGAAAAUCAAUCACAACCAAUAGCACAACAGACGCGCCUUGGCUGGAUUCUCUGCGGAAACAUGCCCCAAUCAUUUCACUGCAACGUUGUACUCAGCAACUUCGAAGACCUGAAACAAUUUUGGGAGAUCGAGGGUAUAACGGAGGAGUCUUCAAUGUCCACAGAUGAUCAAUAUUGUAUUGACUUUUACAAACAAACAACAAAAAGACUCGAAGACGGACGGUACCAGGUCAGGUUACCAAUGACAGAUAAUUUUGAAGAGAAAUUAGGAGAGUCUAAACACAUAGCAAUAGCACAAUAUCGAAACAUCGAAAAGAAACUAGCUAAGGAUCCUAAUUUGGCAACAAGUUACAAACAAUUCAUGCAGGAGUAUUUAGACUUAGGUCAUAUGACACUCUGUAUAGAUAACGAAAGGGCUUCCCCGGAAUGUUAUCUCCCGCACCACGGCGUGCAGCGUGCCGAUGCGGGCAAAUUCCUACGCGUUGUUUACAGUGGUUCAGCAAAGACAUCGUCUGGGUUCAGUCUUAAUGAUUUAAUGUACAAAGGUCCGAAUUUACAAAAAGACUUGCAAUCACUAAUUUUAAUUUUAUCAUGGAGACAAUAUAAAGUCGGCUUCAUCGCCGACAUAGAAAAAAUGUUUCGGAAAAUUUUGGUAGAUAAAACCGAUCAAAAUCUUCAAAAAAUUGUAUGGAGGAAUUCACUAGAGGAACCUAUCAGAUCCUAUCACCUUACGACCGUAAGUUACGGGACCACAGCAGCCCCGUUUCUAGCUAUGAUGACCCUUAAGCAGUUAGCAGCCGAUGAACGCGAAGGUUUUCCUAAAGCAGCGAAAAUUCUGGAAAAUCAAUUCUAUAUGGAUGACCUGGUAAGCGGAGCACAUUCUAUAGAAGAAGCAAAACAGAUUGUAACACAGCUGGAUCAGUUAUUAAAAUCAGGCGGAUUCUUGCUGAGAAAGUGGACAUCUAAUGCAGCAGACAUUCUAGAAAAUCUGAACACAGAGCAGACAGAGCAAAUAUUCAAUUUCAAAUCAGAAAACACAAUCAAAACCCUUGGACUAGGGUGGUCUCCGGCUAACGAUGCAUUUACUUUCGAGUGCAGACUGUCCAAGGUAACAACAUCAAAAUUAACAAAGCGGAAGUUACUAUCAGAAAUAUCAAAGGUGUUUGAUCCGUUGGGCUGGCUAGCGCCAGUCGUUACUAAGCUUAAGCUACUUUUCCAAAAAGUUUGGAUGGAAGUCAAAGAAUGGGAAGACGAAGUAUCAGCCGAAUGUGUAACAGAGUGGAUAAGAAUCAGAACAGACCUGGAAAAUAUCAACCAAUGCACAGUUCCUAGGUGGAUCGGAAGCGGUGAGAAAGGCGUCAUCGAGCUCAUUGGGUACUGUGACUCAUCUGAAAAGGCAUUAGCAUGUGUAGUAUAUGCACGAACAAGCGAUGAAUCGCAAAGAAUACUAGUAGCAGCCAAGACAAAGUUGGUACCCACUGAUAAGAAUAUCACGUUACCACGACUGGAACUAAGCGCAGCUGACCUACUCUCGAAGUUAUUAAAGAAAAUUGUAGAGAGCUUAGUAGGUCACUCAAUAAAAAUAUCAGCAUACAGCGACUCUAUGAUCGUACUUGGGUGGCUUCACGGAGACCCCGGAAAAUGGAAACUAUUCGUAUCAAACCGGGUUAAAUCAAUCACAAAGAACAUACCGGCCGAAUGUUGGAGAUACAUCAAGACCGAUCAAAACCCUGCUGACGCAGCCAGCAGAGGUAUCUACACGACUCAGCUCAUUAAACAUAAAUUAUGGUGGAACGGACCGCCAAUUAAUGAAGAUAAAGAAUCUGAAAUCAAAACAUAUACUACGGAAGAGGAGUUACGUAAUAAAAUGCACACCAACGUCAUUCAGGCCACCAACGAACAAAAAAGCACAUAUAAACAAAACAUCAUAUCAGAUUUACUAGCAAAACACAGCUCUAUAACAAAGGCCAGACGGGUGUUAGCUUGGAUAUUACGGGCAACUAAAAUUAUUUUGUCUUUAAAAGCAAAGAAACUACCGAGUUAUUUAACGCCGCACGAGCUUCAAAAUGCAAGUCGAUUGAUCAUUAUCAAUGAACAAAGAUCCGCAUUCGCAAGCGACAUAGAGCAUUACCGCGAACAUAAACGUGUGCAAAGUAAAAGCAAAUUAUUACCUUUGACACCGCACCUGGACAAGACAGGAAUCCUCAGAGUUGGCGGAAGAUUAUCAAAGGCAAACAUAGAUCCUGAGAUGAAGCAUCCAGCAAUCAUACCCCACGAAGGGCGUCUCACGAUCUUACUGAUAGCAGAAGCACAUGAACUAACUUAUCAUGGUGGGCCAAGACUUACUGUGACAUGUUUAAGAAAGAAGUACUGGAUCAUAAGAGGAUACAGUGCCACCAAAAAAUAUUUGAGAUCAUGCGUAACCUGCAAACGACACGAUCCUGUGUUGGGCCAACAAUUGAUGGCUGACCUUCCCGAAGCAAGGGUCAACGAGGCACCCCCGUUUUAUCAUACAGGAGUGGACUACACGGGGUUCGUAGAAACAAAAGCAAGUAGAGGUAGAAGCAUUCGAACUACUAAAGCAUACAUAGCAGUGUUCGUUUGUAUGGUCACAAAAGCAGUGCACCUAGAGUUGGUGUCUGACCUAAGCAGUGAGGCAUUUUUAGCGGCUCUUAGGAGAAUGGCUUCAAGGAGAAACGCGCCCCGCCAUAUCUAUUCCGAUCAAGGAACUAACUUUAUUAAAGCAAACAGAAUAUUACAGGAGGAAAUAGAAGAAUUUCAAAGCAUGUUCAAUGAUAGUUUUUUCUCCGAGUUAUCUGAAAUGAAAAUCGACUGGCACUUCAACGCCGCCACCUGGGCGAGUGCCGGAGGACUGUGGGAAAGAGCAGUACGUAGCCUCAAACAUCACCUAAAAAGAGUUAUAGGGCAGCAGAAACUUACCUUUGAAGAGUACUCUACUCUUCUAGCACAGCUAGAAGCAUGUUUAAAUUCAAGGCCGCUCUGCGCAUUAACAGAAGAUGCGGAUGACUUGCAAAUUCUAACCCCAGCGCAUUUCCUGACGGGAAGGGCAGGUUCGACCAUUAUACAGACAAAAGAAGAUGCAAGGACAAGGUGGCAUCUCACUAGCAAAUUAUUUACAGACAUAUGGAAGCAAUGGAAAUCAGAUUAUCUCACCCAGCUAAUAGAAAGAACAAAAUGGCGCAAAAGUUGUAAAAACAUUGAAGUUGGAGAAAUCGUCCUCAUACAUGAUGCUAAUUUACCGCCAGGGAAGUGGGCGAUGGGUCGCGUCGUCCAGCUUCACCCGGGUUCAGAUGGUCUGGUAAGAGUUGUUACCUUAAAGACAAAAAAUGGUUUAUUAAGGAGACCGAUCAUCAAAUUGUCAGCAUUACCUCUCGCCAACACGGCAUCUAAAAACGAGCAAGAACAAAACAAGAAAAAAGCAUCAAGCAAGCAAACGAAUGAAUCAUGUAAAGGUCAAUCAUUAGCCGGAAAGAAGACACGACCAUGCAGACAAGUUAAGAAGAAAUUCGACUUUAUAUCAAUGGCGAUAGGGUUUCUUUCAUUCAUGAGCAUUAUGCCUACUUCUAGAUCGGAGUAUAAUAUUACAGAGAUGAGCGACAGCCAAUCGUUGUAUUUCGACCCCAUAACAAAGAUGAAACUUAUUAGAGACAAAUGGACCUUAGUUGUGUACCACGACAUGGCCCCGUACUGGCAAGAUGAACAAGCAUACAAAAAAUUAUCAAAUCACUUGGACAAACUAUGUACUAACAUAGAGCAUAAUCAACAAUGCCAUAUGAUUUUACUACAAAUGAAUCACGACUACUCAGAGUUACAAUACAACAAUCAACUUUUAUUAACACAGCAUUUUACCGAGCACUCCAGACAGCGUCGCGGUCUUAUCAACGGUGUAGGUUACCUUGCGAACACAUUGUUUGGUGUGCUAGAUCAGCAUUUUGCAGAUAAAUACUCUGAGGACAUUGAACUAAUUAGAAAUAAUCAACAACACUUGGUAAAUCUAUGGCGUAAUCAAACUUCUAUAGUAGAGUCAGAAUUUAACUUGCUAAAAAGAACAGAAGCAUCGAUGGAAAGGCAGUAUAACAUUAUAAGUAGUCGGUUAAACUCUCUCGUUAAGGCAACAAUUUAA